AUGUUCGCAGCAGGGCGGAAGGCGAGAAGACAGGAUAGUGGUGCAAAAGAUAGCAACAAUAUGGAGACUGAUAAUGAUUGGCUGACGAUUGGCAAGAGUUUUUCCAGUACAACACGAAAUGCAAACGCAAAGCAGAAAGCCACCGAACCAUUCAGCUCUGAAUUACAAGUAUACAAAGAUGGACAUGGUAAAAAAGAGAAGAAAAAACAUACGCACAAGAAGCGACGUAGUGACGAAUCAACAGUUGUCAAGUCGCGUGAGACCCGAUAUCUGUCGAAACACGAGAAAAAGAGCAAAAGCAAAAGGAAAAAGCGACGUAGAUCUUCGAGUCCAACUGACAGCAGCUACAAAGAUAACGCUCACUGUUCGACUCACUGCUCUCGACACCAAAAGAGCAGCCGUAAGUUGCGCUCCCGAUCUCGGUCAAAGUCUCGCAAGCAAGAAUAUCAGGCCAUAAUGCAGUCUGUUAACGAUGUUGUGGUUCAUGAUAUACAAUCAACAGAGCAAGACGAAGAUUUUUUGUAUGAAUUUGACCGCACGGGUGAUCGCAACAAUCAUCUCUUCGGAUCCACGUAUGCUUAUGAUCAGCCGCUUUAUCAAUUGGAUACGCAACGAAAUCUGCUCACAGGAGAACGUGUAAUUCGGACACGGGUAAAAUAUCCUAGCACCAAUUUUCCAGAAGAAAGACAAGAUUUUGGUCGAUACUUCUCGCUAGAGGCCCAGAAAAUGGAGAGAGACGCUCGACAGAAGCGUCUGUAUCUUGCUUACUCGGAGAAACGACUGACCCGUGCAGCGCUUGAAUGCAAAGUAAGUGACAGCGAUCCAUCGGAUCAGGCUGCUAUAAGUCGAUCACACGAAAUGUCAUUCAUCCCACUUGAUCCAGUGCUUGACAUCGAUAAACUUGUGAGCAGUGAUACUGAUUUUGAUGCAAUGUUUGGCGAAACACCCUUGCUAACGGACGGGCAAAGUGUGGAGCAGCAUUUGGUAGAAUGCAACAGAAAGUUAAAUGCUGCUGUCGUCGCGAGUCCGCAUAAUAUUAACCACUGGCUAGAUUUGGUGGUGUUUCAGGAGCAGACAGUCUAUCUUCACGCAAAUUCAACAAAGAAAAGCUCCGCCGCAAAAGCAAGUAUUGUGGAAAAGCAAGCGGCAAUACUAGCAAAAGCGCUUGCCAGUAACCCUCAGUCGCGGGAGCUGCAUCGCAUAAAGCUGAAUAUCGCGUUGCAAGCUCAAGCAAAUGGCGAAAACAGUGACGUCGACUCAUUUCAGCGACAGUUAGAGAGCCUACUCUCUAAAGAUCUGUCAAAUAGCGAUCUGUGGCUCAAGCUACUUCAAAGUCGGCACCAGCACUUUGGCACCUUUUCGAUGCAGUCUGUGCGUAACUUGUACGCACGUAUACUGACUGUUUUGAGAGCACAUAAUGCAAGCAAUGUCAAAGAUGCAGUUGCGACAGUACACACAGCUACAUCAAGCGGGAAGACAGAAGCAACGUUUUGUGUUGAACAAGUGGAGGAGUUGUCGAUAGUGCUUCUUGAUUUUCACUUUUUGAUGUGCGUGUUUGAGCAGAAGGCAGGAUAUGUUGAGCGCUCGAUCGCUCAAAUCCAAGCUUUACUCGAUUUUAGUAUGUUGGUUGAUAGCAGUGACAGCAAAGCAUCUCAUUUGGAAAUGUUGCGAAAAUUUACUUUGCGGUGGAAUGAUGAUGAUGUAUUAAGACUUGGUGACCGCCGCCGAAAUAUAACUGAUGUGAGCUUUGAAAUAUUGGAAAGAGACUCUCCUGAGAUUUCCACUGCAGUGUUUCAAAACUACAUUCAGCAAAAAUGUGCGGCCAUUGUCGAUCAGGUUAACCCUCCCAAAGUGUUGCAAUCAGAUGAACACAAACAAAGCUUGCUGUCUUCUUCAGCUGUAUACCAACGGCUCUCACGGACAAAAGAAGCAUUGCAAGUUGUGGAUAGAGUAAGGGAACCAAACACAAUUGACAGAAACCCAGCUGACUCAGCAGCAAGUGACGAUUUUGAGGUGAAAACCAAGCGAAACAGCACGCUUGUUUACAGCAACUUGCAUGGGUACCGAAUCAACAUUGACGAGGCUGACGAUACGAUGGAAUACGAGCGAAUUCUGAGUGAAUUACGUGGUACAGAAAAUUUUCGUGCUCGACGGAUUCGCUUCUUGGAAAAAGAGAAGAUGAAAUAUGGUCUGCUUGCAACAACAAAAGCGCAAGUAGAAGAUCAACGUGCUAAUUACGAUCCGGUUCACGAAGAUGACUCUUUUGUGCAAUGGCUUAGGCGCGAAGAAGUACAAAUGCAUGUACAUUGGGCCCCGCUUCGGUGUAGCAACCCUCUCCAUCAAAAUCUUAUUGAGCAGCAACCAGAUCGUGCCAUACUAACCGAAGAAGUGCAGCCUUUUCUGUUUCCUGUUCCCGUGGCACACCGAUGGCGGCUUAUUGCUGAGCUGCUGUAUAUUUGUGGCGUAGCUUGGCGUGGUGAGUUUGCAUGGGAGACUACUCUUCCAGCUGCUAAUUCUAUGUAUGCAGACAGCCACACGGAUUACGAGCUGCUUGUAGACCCAAUUCAGUCUGCGCUAAAUCCUCAAACAAACUGCUCCGGAAAACACGCGUUGUUUCUAAAUCCAAUCGACCGAAAGUUGUUGCUUGAGAAUGUUUGCCUUGAAGAUGUUGCCGUGAGUCAAGAUGUACUACAUGACCCUAGCAAAGUGGCAUUUAUACGUAGAGUUUUUGCACAAGGGCUGGAUAUAUUUCACAACGUUGAUCAUAGCUUUGAAAGUGAUCUCAAGUGUCUUUGGAUCGGCUUUGAAGCCAAGGUAGCACGGGCAUGUGAAGUCAGAGGGCAUGAGGAAGCUGUGGCGUAUGCAAGACGUUUAAGUCAGAUACUAGCUCAGAAGUCUGCAAAUGGCGACAUUGAUUUCAAUGCUCUCUAUGCCUACGCUAAGCUGGAAUUCGCUUUGGGAAAUGAACGUCAAGUGCGACGAAUAUGUAAGAAUACGCUCAGCUCACUCGGAGCUCAGGCUUCAAAUGUAUCCUCGUCAGCUAGAAGUAACCACCGCUUCGUUUUUCUUCACGCGCGACUUGAACUGUGGCCUUCCUCUCAUGAUCAAAACUGCGUUCGUGAGCAUGGAGAUGAUGGGAUGCUCCGGUGUUUGUACACGUUGUGGAAUGUGUGGCAACCAACACAAUCAGACUGCAUAGAGGAAAAUAUACUGGCGGGAACAAAAAGACACCGUCAGCAGAGUCAGGAAUACUUGCAAAAUCUCUUAAUGUCCAACAAAUUGACCGGAACAAAUCUCAUUGCUAGAUAUCGAGCGGAACUGAGGUGUGCAGUCGAGCACUGCACUGCAUCAACUUCAGCAAACCAUGUGCGUGGCAGAGCAAUGCAUGAAUUGUAUAAUAAAUCACGUUGCUGGGCUGGUUACUGCUUGCACAACUUGGCUCUUGUCGUUUACAUCUACACCGGAUUUGAGGCAGCUUGCCAAGAAUAUCGCGAGGCGUUAGCUGAUAUGGAGCAUCGGACGUGCUUGCAGGGAGCUUGGGCGUGGACUUGUUUUCUUGAAUUUAUUCAGCAGCACGAGAUAUCGGGUUUGUUCCCCACCGUAGCGCCCCGUGUAUGGCGCGCAUCAGUUAGUGAGGCAGUGGAGAAGUAUCCGUUCAACGAACUCUUUCUUCGGCUUUUUGUCGACUCUGAAAUGGGAAACACUAUCUCACAAGUGCAUCGCAACUACUUUCGUCGGGUCGAAAGACGCUGGCGCCGGCAUUAUGAAUCACCAAGUCUAGUAGAGUGGUUAUUUGCAUUACUCUGCGAGUUUUGCCGCAUUGAGAGAGCCUCAGUCAUCAAAAAAUCAGCUGAGAGUAACAAGAUAUCCACUCGCCUAACGUGCUGUCUUUUUCACCGCUGGGAAAUGGAUAUGACUGCAGUGAAUCGUAUUCGGCAAAUGUUCGAAUGCAUGGUGAUGAAGAUUAACACUAGAGGCAGUGCUCUCUGUUGGGGACUGUAUAUGCGCUUUGAAGUCGCACUGGGAAAGGUGGAUGCGGCAAAAAAAGUCUUGUAUCGUGGGAUUGCAACCUGUGCAUGGAGCAAGGUGCUUUACAUGGAUGGUAUACGCGUGAUGCGAGCGUAUUUGAGUAAACGUGAAUGUCAAGAACUUCUCGACUUUAUGGAAGCAAAGGAGCUGAAUGUGCGCGUUGACGUCGAAUCAUUACGCCAAACAUAA